AUGAGUGAUUCUAAGAUGCUACUAUUUGGGUCAUUUACUGAAGAUGAAACCCGAUCACUGCUGUCAAAGCAGCCUUCUGGGAAGAAUGAAAAGUCUGUGCAGACGAAUCAGCUGCGGUUUGGUUCUCUGAAUUCUGUUACUGUUGAGUCAAACACACUGCAAAACUCAUCAAAAGCAACAGUUGGUGCCCCACUUGCUGAUUCUCAGAAAUGCAAUGGAGUAAAAAGUGUUAGUGACAAUUCACCUAAAGUGUCAGGAAAAAUUAAAGAGAAUGGCAGCAUUGCCAAUUUCUCCCUUACCCCCACCGGUACCAGUAAUGUCAAUGAAGCAAUAGAAAAAAAUGCGAAUUCUUUUACAUUACUUGAUGAAGCUGGUCCCUCAAACAAGUUUACUCAUUUGAGCCUAGAUGCUUCUGAGACUGAAAGAUUGAAGAACGUAGAUAAAACUGGCAAUGGUGAUGAUUCUUCAUUAAAGUUCUCUGAUCGAGAGCCCCCAAAGGCACCUAAUGGGCAUGCUGUUCUGCCUGUUAAAGAUAUACUGCCUCGAGGCCUUAUCAACUCUGGGAAUCUUUGCUUUCUUAAUGCAACCAUGCAGGCCCUACUGUCAUGCUCACCUUUUGUUCAUCUUUUACAACAAUUAAGAACACGCAACCUUCCUAAGGUUGAAUAUCCUACAUUAACGGCAUUUGCUGAUUUCAUAACCCAAUUUGAUAUGCCAAGCACACCUUACAUAAAGAAGCAAGAUACGAAUAUAUUUGAGUCUGGGAGGCCAUUUUGCCCUGUUAUGUUUGAAGGCGUUCUAAAAAAUUUCACUCCAGAUGUGCCAAAUAGUAUAUCAGGAAGACCAAGGCAGGAAGAUGCUCAGGAAUUUCUGAGCUUUGUAAUGGAUCAAAUGCAUGUUGAAUUACUGAAGCUUGAAGGACAGUCUUCAAGUCUUAACGGUAGCAAAUCUUCUCUUGUUUCUUCUGUGGAAGAUGAUGAAUGGGAAACAGUGGGGCCAAAGAAUAAAUCUGCCGUAACAAGGACUCAAAGCCUUGCCCCAUCAGAAUUAAGUGGUAUUUUUGGAGGACAACUUAGAAGUUUGGUGAGAGCUAAAGGAAAUAGAGCCUCGGCCACUGUUCAACCAUAUCUCUUGCUCCAUCUUGACAUCCAUCCCGACAACGUACACACUAUUGAAGAUGCACUUCGCCUGUUUUCUGCAUCGGAAACUCUUGAAGGGUACCGAACAUCACUCACUGCAAAGGUUGGUGUUGUGACUGCCAGAAAAUCUGUACAAAUAGUGACACUUCCUAAAAUAAUGAUAUUGCACCUGAUGCGUUUUGGUUACGGAAGCCAGGGAAGCACUAAGCUGCAUAAGCCUGUGCACUUUCCUCUUGAGUUGGUGUUGGGACGUGAUUUGCUUGUUUCACCAUCUACUGAAGGUCGAAAGUAUGAACUUGUUGCUACAAUUACUCACCACGGAAGGGAGCCUUCAAAGGGGCACUACACAGCCGAUGCCCAAUACCCUAAUGGUCGUUGGCUACGAUUUGAUGAUGCAUCUGUCUUUGCUAUUGGAACAAAUAAGGUGCUGCAUGAUCAGGCAUAUGUCCUUUUCUACAGACAGCUGUGA